AUGGACGCAUACACGGGCCAGGGCGGGUCAGCAGGAGGACAGGCAGGCGCAGACGACGCAUUUCGACUGCCCGCACUCGCAUCGCUUGCCGCCGCGUCCUCAUCAGCCGCCAUGUCGCCUCCGUCCGGCAGCAGCAGUCACAUCCCGCUCCCGUCGCUUAGGUAUCGAAUGUUGGGACAGGCGGGCGCAGCGCAGCAGUCGUUCCCCAGCAUGGAUGCGCUUGCGGGGACGAGUUACGAGCAGGCCGCGUCGGGAGGGAUGGGCGAGUUGAUGUCUCCUCCUCCGCUUGGGACGGAUGCGAACGGCAGGAAAGUGAAUGCCGGACAGAAGAGGAAGAGCUCUACGACGCCUGGCGAUGCAGAGAGCGAGGCGGGCAAGGCCAAGAAGCCAAAGACGCCUCGAGCGUGCGAUGCGUGCCGGUCGCGCAAGGUUCGCUGCAACCCCAUCCCCGACUCUGAGCCGAUGGUCUGCGUCUACUGCAAGAAGCACUCACUCGACUGCACCUGGUUCCUGCCCAUCUCGGAGACCCGGUUCAAGAAGCAGCGAGAAAAGGAGGAGGCGGAACGAGCGAAAGAGUCAGCGGUUGCGGCAGGCGUGGCGCUCCCAACGGCAGCGACUUCUGCGACUCUGGCGAAGCAAGCCCGAAGCGAAGACUCGCUCCCUGUGCCGCCGAAAUCGCCAACAGCCGGUCACGUCGUUCCGAAACAGCAGAUCUUUCCUAUCGACGCUAUCGUUUCUUCCCCCGACUCGAACCUCGCGCCAACAGGACCGCGAAAAGAACCGCGCAUCGUCGGCUACACCUCCAUCUCGCAUCUCAUGCAUUCGACUUCGACGUUCCCGACCGAGCGCAUGAUUCCUGUCGACUUCAAGUACUCGCAGCAACUGUCGGUCGACGAGCGAGGAGACGGCUUCAUCCGCGUCAUCUCGGCGGGAGAUGGGGAUCCUUCGCAGGGCGGCGAGCCGGUUGCGAUCCAGGGCAUCGAGCAUUCGGACGCCGAGAAGCUGCUCAACUACUUCUUCACGACCCACGCCAACCACUUCCCGAUCGUCGCUAAGGCGGACUUCCUCGGCUCGGAACAACCUGCCCCUCUCCUCUUCAACGCCAUCUGCGCCGUUUCCGCCCUCUCUCAUCACGUGGCCCCUUCCAUCCUCCGCGUCAUCAAAGCGACGAUCCGCUCACACCUCCGCGCCGAGGACAUGCUCGACAACUCGACCAUCCCGAACAUCCAGGCCCUUCUCAUCUAUGCCUUCUCGAUGGAGCUCGAGAAGGGUACGGCGGCGAGCAAGACGUGGAACAUUCUCGGAUUGGCGGUGCGGAUGGCGCAGGACUUAGGUCUGCAUCGCAAGUUGGGCAGUGAGCGGAAGGAGCAGAGUGAGGCGGAUCAUACGGAGUUGAGGCGGCGAGUCUGGGGAGGUUGCCUGAUUGCGGACCGGUGGAUCUCAGCUAUCUAUGGCCAACCGAUGAUGAUCGACCUCGCCGACUGCGACACGAUGCUCCCCUCUGUCUUCGACAUCCGGCCCAACCUCGACUUUGACGAGAAGCGACGACCGUACCUCUUUAACAGCGCGCUUAUCUCGCUCUCGAUCUUGCUCGGGAGGAUCUUGAAGGCUGUUUACUCGCCGACCGGCAUCAUGCUCCUCUCCGAGAAGCACGCCAAGGCGCUCGUCUCGGACCUCGCGGCCUGGGUCAGCGGUCUGCCCGAAGAGCUGCGCUUCCAAGGUCCCGCCAAGUCGACGCCUGAGCAGGGCUUCCUCCACCUCCUCUACAUUCCCGUCCGCUUCCUCAUCACCCGCCCUUUCAUGCGCAUUUCGUUCCAGCUACCCGAACGCUUCGCCUCGCUCUCGGUCGGCACGCAGCAAUGGUCCGUCGUCGAGGCGGAAGCGAGGGAGGCGAUCGAGUGGGUCGACAAGAACGAGUCGUGCCUCGAAGGCUGGUUCGUCGGGACGUACGCAUUCUUCAUCUGCAGCCUCAUUCAAUAUCAUUCGCACAUUCGCCGGCGGGACUCGACCUCGCUCUCCACCCUCCGUCUCGCUCGUGACUGUCUCAAGCGCCUCGUCGUUCCUGAUGGCGAAUGCUACGUCCGCGCCAAGAUCGCCGAGAUCAUCCACCUGCUCUACCACACCGCCUGCUCCGUUGCGCGAUGGGCGCCCGAAGCUGCCGAGGGCUUGUCGCCCGCGUCAAGCGGGACUACCGCGGUCACGACGCUCAACCCGACUGCUGGCGUCAGGCAAAGAGAGCAAGACUGGCACUUGCGGUACAAGAAGGACGGCGGCUACUUCGUCACGGACCGCCGCGUCAACGAUCCUUCUGGCCUCAUCCGCUCGUCCGCCUCGCCCGCAUCUUCCGGCGGUCCCAGCCCGCGCACGCAUGGCUCGCCAUACGCCUCGAGCUUGCGGACCACGCAUGUUGCGGGCGAGGAGGACCACUCUGCGGACGGCGCAACAGGCGCAGAGGCCUCAAGCUCGGCCGGCAACGCGACGGACACCCCGGUCCUCCCUCUCCCUCCGCCUCUCCCGCCAACUUCUACGCCUACACUUGCCGGCUCAGCGCCGACGACGACAGGCCUUCCGCCUUCCGGGAGCGCAGCCUUUUCCGCGCCCGCACCCAACCCUCCACCCGACCUCUCCUUCGUCUUCCCCGACUCGAGCCUCGACAACCUCUCCUUCAACCCGACGCUCAAUUUCGGCUUGCCCAUGGACGGCAACGGCCUUGCAGGCGGUAUCCCCGGCUUGCCAGGGACUUCUGCCGGACUCGGAAUGGGCACGUCUUUCCUCGGUGGUCCACUCGGCAGCGACCAGUCUGCGGCGUUCGAUCCGUUCGGCUUUACGUCGGACGGAACGCCGAGCAUGCUGCCGGACUCGCUGUUCGACUUCCAGAGCUGGCAGAACUUUGCGGACGCGCUGGGCGUGCAGGGUGAAGGCGGCAUGGGUGGGCCGCCGCAGAUGUAG